UUAAUAAAAAAAAGUAAUAGAGCAAUAUUUGUUUUUGUUGAUUCAAAAGAAGAAAAAUAAUUUAAUUGGCAAUUUUGAAAUAAAAAAAAAAAAAAGUGCGUGUAAAGUUUAACAUAAACAAAAAAGUUUAACAUAUAUACAGAAAAGUUUAAGAGAAUGGCUGCCGAAAUAUAUUCACAGUCGGAGUCUGGAAACGAUCAUUUCAAAAUGAACAAAUUGUGUCGUCAAUUGUCAAUUGAGUCACCUGGAUCAAUUGUCAAAAACUGCGUAUUCAAUUUCUAUGUUCCGAUUCAAGAUACUCCAGUUAAAGGUGCUCGUGUUAAAAUUGUUUGUGCUGGAGCAUGUUACAAACGCAAUCGAUCUGCUUCGAUCUCUUCAAUGUCAUCAGUUUCAUCAGAGCUUAGUGAUUAUAAUCCAACAACACCAGCAGCUCAACAGCAGCAACAGCAGCAGCAGCAACAAUCAUCGCCAGCACAUCAAGGAUUUCGAGAGGGAUCACUUUUCCCAGGAUUCGAAGUGGCUGGAGUAAUUGAAUGUUUGGGUGAUGAGGUCGAUUCAGAUUGUCCUUUGAAAAUUGGACAGCGUGUUAUUGUCUAUCCAUUUGAUGAGGAUCCAGCUGGAUAUGCUGAAUUAAUGGUUGUUCCCGAUUUAAAAUAUAUCGUACCAAUUCCUGAUGAAUUACCAAUGAGUGUAGCUGCAAUGUUGCCAACUGGCGCAUUAUUGGCUAUGAAUGCUGUAUUUAAAGCUCAUUCAGUUGUUACAAAGAUUCUUGAAGAUCGCAAAGAACGUUGCGUCGAAGAUAAAAAAUGUAAAAUUCUAAUUGUUGGCACAGGUGGUUUGGCAUUGUGGGCAGUUAGAAUUGCCUCAUAUCACUUUGCUACUUCGGGUGCAAACAAUUUAGUUGACAUAACUGUUGCCAGUUUGCGAGAUGAAGGUUUUCGUUUGGCUACCGAGAUAAAAAAUGUUAACGUUGUGCAAUGGAAUGAAUGUUUGUACGAGCCACAAUUAAUUGAAAGAACAAAAAAUGUAUGCGGUGGAGCUGUUGACGUUGUCAUUGAUUUUGGAACAACAUCAAGAAGUCUACAUCGUUCUAUAAAUUGCUUGUCAAUGGGAGGAGUUGUUCUCAUAAGCGAGGAAGUUGCUGAAAAACUUCUUCCCAAAUUCGCACGUCUUGCAAGUGAAAACCAACAAGAAAUAAUACCAAUAUCAAAUGGCAGUAUACAACAACUACAUGAUCUUGUGCAAUUGGUUGCUAAUAACAAAAUUCAGCCACCGCCAUAUUCAGUAUUUCCAUGUGAUCAAGCAUCCGAUGUUGUACAAAAACUUUGCAAUUCAGAAAUACCUGGACGGGCAAUACUUCGCUUUCAUGACAUUGAAUGAAAACACAAUAAAUACCUUAACUAAACAUGAAAAUCAUGAAAACAAAAAAAAAUAAAUUUUAAAAAACAUACUUAUUAUUCGGAAAUGUAAACAUUCUUCAAUACCAAAUCUUUUAUCUUUAAUGACAUUAUAUAUAUUAGUUUUUAUAUUUAUAACAUAAUAAUAAAAAAGUAAUUUAUUCUA